UUACAAAACUCAAACCAGUAUUCUCGCUAAUCCUGGGUUACCCGUAUCGUAAUUGGGCUUUGAACAACCAGGCCGUACACCACAGAGAUUCAUGGCAUAUCACUACUUGUUAAGAUGAAGAACUAAACGGAAGUCACCUGAAGUUAAAUGAUACAUGUGUAGCUUUACUUUAAUAUAAGGAAUUUUGAGCACAACAUUGAGAUGUCUUUCUCUAAGUCAAUGUGUUUUCAUAAAUGUAUAAGGUUAUAGGCGGGAAGGGCCUCACUUCACUAAUGGGCUUGAAAAAUAUAGUGGAACCCCGCUUUACAGACAGCUGCUUAUAACGGACAGUUUUCUUUGUCCCGACAACUAAAGAGGUCAUAAAUUUUCUCUUAAGAGAGUCCACCUAAUGCGGACACCCGGAUAAUGGGGACACCUCUGCAUGUCCCUUUGGUGUCCGUAUUAAUGGGGUUCCACUGUGAACUUUUUUCUUUUAAGUCUGUUCUUUUUCUUUCGUUUCAGUCCAUAUUCUUUUCACAUUUUAUCUUACUCCUGAUCAUUUUACACUGCAUCCUGUUUGCCUUUAAAUGGAAAGGACAAGAUCUGGAGACUGAAUUAAUAGUACAAGUGCUCAGGAGUAUAAUUGUGACAGUUUUCUUGUUUGAAGGCGCCACGCGACUGUUUGCUGUAGGAAGACGAAUUCUAGAACCUCUUGAGAUAAUGGACCUUUUUCUGGUGAUGCUAGCUUUCUCUUCUAACUUUGUGUGGUACACCAAUUAUCCAAACUUCUUCUGGUUCAGAGACUAUGUAACCACUUUAUCAAGCCUGGCUGUGUUCUGUCGGCUUCCCUUCAACAACAGACAGCUCAAACAAGCAGUUUCCAUCUUCUUUAGAGUUGCACCUGUCAUGGUGGACCUUCUGUGCCUUUUAGGGAUAAUAUUGUAAGUUACAGUUAGCAGAGGCCAAUGAUUUUUUUUUUCAAUUUUGGAUGCAUCUGUUAACGUUGUAAUCUGUUAUAAUGCACGUUUUAGGGAUAAUUUUGUCAGGUAGACUGGAACUAGCAUGCAAUGGAGGCUCAUGCGGGGGAAUAUUAAUGUUAGCCUCACUUGCAAGCUAGUCCCAGUCCAAUACCGAGAAUACGAAUAUGGCCUUUUGCCAAAAGCCAAUUAACGUGUCGACUUUUG